AUGGAAAGGUGUCCCAAGUCUGCAAGUAUUUCCAGCAAGGCUUCUGCUUCCCUGGACAUCGUGGAGAUCAAUGCAGGUAAGUCCCUCUUCUUCCCCUCUGGGGAAGUGGUGUCAGGCUGUCAGCACCCAAAGACCCCCAGCCCCUUGGAGUGGGGUCGCCGCCAUUCGGAGCCACGCGUCACUCUGCCGGGGUCCCACCUAGGACUGGCCCGCAGGGGAUCCGAGCCCACCUACCUGCCCUCUGUGUCUGUGGGCUGGGGCUGGGCCAGGGCCUGCUGGGGCGUGGAGCCUACCCUGGAGGGGCUGGCCAGCAAGGCUGAGGAGGUUGGCGGCAGCUCCUGGAAGUCCCUGCCUUCAUCAUCUGCUGACGGGGAUCACGGCCACUCCCAGGAGUCUCUGCCGAAGUUCCACCUUGUCCGAGAGCUCAUGGCGCCCCUUCAGAGCCUGGACCUUGAGGUGCAGCAGGACAGUCGGGAUGUGGUGUGUGGCAUCUGUAUGGACAAAGUGUGGGACAAGCCAGAGGCUCAGAGGGUUUUCGGCAUCCUGCCCAACUGCACCCACGCCCACUGUCUGGGCUGCCUGCGCACCUGGCGGAAGAACCGGCAGGACUUCCCGCUGGAUGUCAUCAAGGCGUGUCCCCAGUGCCGUGUCCAUUCCAGCUACAUCAUCCCCCACAAAUUCUGGGUGAGCAAGGGGGCCCACAAGGAGCAACUCAUCAGGAACUUCAAGGCUCGGACGAGCCAGAUCAGAUGCCGGUUCUUCGUGCGAGGGAAUGGCCGCUGCCCCUUCAAAUCUGAGUGUAUCUACCUGCAUCAGCUCCCAGCUAAGGCCCUGACCUCCGGUCCUCCCUGGCCUGAGAGAGUGCAACUGGACUCUGGGAGUGAGGUGGUGCUGAGUCCAACAUUGUUCCUAAGGGGUGCUGAGCCAGAGGACAAUGUGCUCUUCACAGACAGUGCCCUGGCCAUGACCUUCUGGGGUUCAGAACUCCUGCAGGAUCCCAACAGUUCUUACCACGGCCUUCUGUGGCUAGAAUACAGACCUUGGUGGGUGGGAGCCACAGCCACUCAGAGUAAAGCUGUAGCGCUGGGCAGGCGCGGCUGGGAGCCCUUCGACUGGGGCCGCUUGCUCGAGGCCCUGUGCCGGGAGGAGCCGGUAGUGCAGGGGCCUGACGGCCGUCUGGAACUGAAACCACUGUUGCUGCGAUUGCCCCAGAUAUGCCAGAGGAACCUGAUGUCCCUGCUGAUGGCCGUUCGGCCGUCACUGCCGGAAAGUGGGCUCCUCUCUGUGCUGCAGAUUGCCCAGCAGGACCUAGCCCCUGACCCCGAUGCCUGGCUCCGUGCCCUGGGGGAAUUGCUGCGAAGGGAUCUAGGGGUGGGGACCUCCAUGGAGGGAGCUUCUCCACUGUCUAAAAAAUGCCAGAGACAGCUCCAAAGUCUGUGCAGGGGGCUAGGCCCAGGGGGCAGGAGGUUGAAAUCCCCACAGUCUCCAGACCCUGAAGAAGAGGACAACAGGGACUCCCAGCAGCCUGGGAAACGCAGAAAGGAGUCAGAGGAAGAGGCUGCCAGUCCUGAGGGGAAGAGGGUCCCCAAAAGGUUCCGGUGUUGGGAAGAGGAAGAAGAUGAUGAGGAGGAGAGACCUGAACAUAAGUCACUGGAAUCCCUGGCAGAUGGAGGAGGUGCAUCUCCUAUUAAGGACCAACCUGUCAUGGGAGCUAAGACUGGCCAGGACGGUUCGAGUCUGGCGGAUGCUAAAGGUCUAGCUGAGAGUUUGGAGUUGCCCAAAGCUAUCCAGGACCAGCUUCCCAGGCUGCAGCAGCUGCUGAAGACCUUGGAGGAGGGGUUAGAGGGGUUGGAGGAUGCUCCCCCAGUUGAGCUACAGCUUCUUCACGAAUGUAGCCCCAGCCAGAUGGACUUGCUGUGUACCCAGCUGCAGCUCCCCCAGCUCUCAGACCUCGGUCUCCUGCAGCUCUGCACCUGGUUGCUGGCCCUUUCACCUGAUCUCAGCCUCAGCAAUGCUACUGUGCUGACCAGAAGCCUCUUUCUUGGACGGAUCCUCUCCUUGACUUCCUCAGCCUCCCGCCUGCUUACAACUGCCCUGACCUCCUUCUGUGCCAAAUAUACCUACCCUGUCUGCAGAGCCCUCCUUGACCCUGUGCUCCAGGCCCAAGGCACAGGUCCUGCUCAAACAGAGUUACUAUGUUGCCUUGUGAAGGCAGAGUCCCUGGAGCCAGAUGCACAGGUUCUAAUGCUGGGACAGAUCUUGGAGCUGCCCUGGAAGGAGGAAAUUUUCUUGGUGUUGCAGUCACUCCUAGAGCGGCAGGUGGAGAUGACCCCUGAGAAGUUCAGUGUCUUAAUGGAGAAGCUCUGUAAAAAGGGAUUGGCAGCCACCACCUCCAUGGCCUAUGCCAAGCUCAUGCUGACAGUGAUGACCAAGUACCAGGCUAACAUCACUGAGACCCAGAGGCUGGGCCUGGCUGUGGCCCUAGAACCUAACACUACCUUCCUGAGGAAGUCCCUGCAGGCCGCCUUGAAACAUUUGGGCUCCUGACCAUCCACCAAGGGACCACCGUCUUGGUGCUCCAUCACCAGCUUCCUGAAGGCAUUUCUGUCUUCACCACCUUCUGUCUUGAGCCCUAGCCUGAGGAUAAAGGCUGAGCCUGGCCAUCCCAGAUUCCAACUGCCUCCCUGUUCCAGGCUCCAUAGGGGCAUACUGGCCUCCCAGCCAACAGGGAGGCUCCUGGGCUAAGGAAGCUCAGCUAUAUUUUGUUUUUCAUUUCUUUUCUUUUGUUUUUGAGAGAAGGUAUUGCUCCGUCAUCUAGGCUGGAGUGCAGUGGUGCGAUUGAUCAUGGCUCACUGCAACCUCUGCCUCCCAGGCUCAAUCCUCCCAUGUAAGCCUCCCAAGUAGCUGGGACUACAUGCACAUGACACUGUGCCCCAGCUAGAUUUUUUUAUUUUGUAGAUAAUAAGCUGGUCAGGGCUGGUCUUGAACUCCUGAGCUCAAGUGAUCUUCCUGCCUUGGCAUCCCAAAGUGUUGAGAUUUACAGGUGUGAGCCACCAUACCAGGCCAGAGCUAUAUUUUCAAAGGCUGCUGGCCCCAGGCACACUCCUCAUCAAUUCUCAGGCUGCAGGGACAGAAACUUUCCAACAGGGCUCAGUAGGGUCAAGCCGACCCAGAGUGGACAUGGGAUGCUCCAGGAGGUCUAGGGUACCAGUGUGCUCAGAUGAAGCUCUUGUGCUCGUGUAUGUUAUGACCUUCUGUGCUUUUGUUUCUGACUUGAAUUUAUCAAUGGUAUUGAAUAAAAAGCAAGUUCAAUAAUGU